CUGUCCAGCACAGCAGGGAUUUCAACACGGACAGAUAGCGCAAUGAAGAGCAGCGUCGACCCGUCAUCAUGUGCACCGGGCUUCCGAGGACUGCCUGUCCCCUGCGACUUUUUGCCCUCUGCAUCCUUCUCUCCCACGCAGCAGCCUAUUUCGGCCUUACAGGUCGCGAGCCCAUGGUUUUUCUGGCCAGUCCAUUUGCCAACGAGCCUCCGAACAGUAAAGCGCACCUGAAGCAAUGCGAGCAGAUGACUUUGACGCGCCGGCAAAAACGCUUGUGCCGGCGAGAACCGGGGCUGGCGGAGACUUUGAGGGAAUCUGUCCGUCUCAGCCUCCUGGAGUGCCGCUAUCAGUUCCGCAACGAGCGCUGGAACUGUAGUAUGGACGGCCGUGGAAGCCUUUUAAAACGAGGCUUUAAGGAGACGGCUUUUCUGCACGCGGUGUCGUCAGCAGCGUUGUCUCACGCGCUGGCCAAAGCGUGCAGCUCAGGGCGCAUGGAGCGCUGCACCUGCGACGAUUCUCCUGGUCUACAGCAGCGCGAGGCCUGGCAGUGGGGUGUAUGCGGGGACAACCUCAAAUACAGCACUAAGUUUCUCAAGAAAUUCUUGGGGCAAAAACGGGUCAGCAAGGAUCUGCGUGCCCAAAUCGAUGCUCACAACAUUAACGUCGGGAUCCGGGCGGUGAAGAGUGGUCUUAAGACUACUUGUAAAUGUCACGGUGUCUCCGGUUCAUGUGCUGUGAGAACAUGCUGGAAGCAGCUCUCCCUGUUUCAAGACACAGGCCACCUGCUGAAGUUCCGCUAUGACACAGCCGUCCGAGUGCACAGUGUUACCAACUCCGCCACUGGGGAGAGCGAGCUGGCAAGCCCACGGCAUCAUAGCAACACGGGCCCCCGCCCACGACCCACCGAGCUGGUAUUUCUUGAGGAGUCGCCCAGCUUUUGCAGGCCGUCACGUUACUCGCCCGGGACGGCCGGCAGACCAUGUUCAAAGGACACCAGCUGCAGCAGCCUGUGCUGUGGACGGGGCUACAACACGGCCCUCCACCUCACCACCCUCUCCUGCCACUGCCAGGUCCGCUGGUGCUGUCACGUCGAGUGUCAAACCUGCCUCCGUGAGGAAGAGGUCUACACCUGCAAGAAACAUUGAUAAGAAGGAAACUGAGAAGACAAAGUGGGAAAUGAGGAAGCUUGAGGAUUUUAAGGCAUCUACUAGACAGAAGUUUGGAGGUUGUGAUGCAGGUUGUUGCGAACAAAAGUUUGGGGGAACAUGUUUAUUUAAUAUGACCAAUUGGUGCCUGAAAAAGCCUACAGUAUGACAGUUCUUCCAGCAUUCAUCCACCACCCCAGCUCCUCCUUCUUGAUUGGUUAAACUAGUCUAAAACCAGUCGAGGAAUUCAUAGGAGUUCCUACUUUAGGGCUUGGGUCAAGUCUCCAGAUCAAACCCUUUAACAUGGACAGCAAGCCAAAUAUGUAUACCCCUUCUCCAUAAAUGAUUAUGUGAACUUGUGAAACAAGUGUGGACAUACCUGGCCAUGGGUCCCAGAGUUUCUAGAAUGAAAAUUGCUCUUCUGCUGUCAAGGAACCCGAAUGAGACGUUUCAUCCGUUUCCCAGCUUCUCACAAGCAGUGGAGGUUUGAAUUGAACCAGACUACUCUUUUCUUCUGCAGUGAUAAACCAGCCUCACUGGGAGGUUGCCUGUUGAACGGUCUGUGUUGAUCGCACACUUAUGGAAAUGGACUAGUGAUCUGCAAGGUUUAGUUAUACUCAAACUAAUAGUUGGAAGAGAGAUGGCAGUCUGCUCACUUACAUUUCUGACUGCUCAUCUUUCUACCUGCCUAUAAUGUACAUUCAUAUCUCUCUGUUGCUCUGAGAGUCCACUUAAGGCUUCAAAAUAUACUGAGAGUACGAAGCACUUAUGAAUGCAUUUAUCUGUGAAUAGUCAUAUAUAUGUAAGGAAGAAAGUACUUGCAUCUGUUAUGGCAUUCACAGUUAUAAUGCUUAACAAAGAUAUUACAAAUAUAUUGGGGGGGGGGGGGGGGGGGGUUAUGCUGAUAAACUGGAAAUCUACUGGGAAACAGUCUGAUUCAUAGACUUCUAAUGAAUGUUAGAGAAAGUUAUAUAAUCAGAAAUGUUAUAUAUAGAAAUAUAUAUAUUUAAUGGCCAUUAAAUGGCUGAAUGUAUUUAUUAGAAUUAGAUAAAACUGAUCAACUUCUGCAACUUCAUGUAUACUUGCUGGUGUAUUCCAGACUGCAUUAGGGAUCGAGCAGAACAAAGCGUGUCAUUACAGCAUGACCCAAACAUCACCACUCCCUACAGCUGCGUAUAGUGUGUGCAAACAUCUGGGCUUCUGAGUAUGUAGUUUCUGUUCAGUUUCCCAUCAAGGGUAAUGAAAGUGAGUAUGUCCCAUCCAGAACAAAAGGAAAACAUCUCCUUCCCUAGUAAGCAAGGCUCUCUGGUCUAUAAAGUCUGUAAGCUCUUUCAUGUGUGUGAAGCCUUUGACAAACUCCAUUCCAGUCCCUUAUUAGCCCAUUACCAAUCAGAGCAAAUACCAGCGCUUGUUCUCCAGAAUGUGCCGAAAGCAGAAAAAGUUCAAAGUUGGUAUGCUGGAUGCCCAAUUGAGGCCUUUGUUACAGGGAGAUUUACAAAUAAAAAUAAAUAGAUAAUAGUACUUAUAUAUACUGUAUACUUGUUUUUAGCUUCAUUUUAUAUUCAUUUUGUUCAAAUCAUUCUUGUUUCAUUUUUAUAGUUCUUAUUUAAAAGUAUUUCGUUUUUUUUUUUUAAGAAGGCCAAAUAUGAGUGGAAAUGUUGAAAAUCAGUUGUAUAGGGGACAAAUUUUAGACACACAAAGUAUUACUCAUAAAUAUUUUCUGUUCUUAUUAAAUAAUACAUGCAUUUAAUCACUUAAUAAUUGAAACUCAAAUUUAAAGUAUGUGAAUGUGAGCAUGUUCUUGUCUGCUUGUUUGUGUGUGUGUGUGUGUGUGUGUGUGUGGUGAUUCUGGGAAGGCAGAAAACUGCAGUAAAAUUGGCCACAUCAAUCAAGUGGAAGAAAGUCCAAGCCUUCAGUGACAUGCCAUUCAGCUGACUUGUUGAACUUGUUGAAGUACAUAUGCAUGUUAUGAAAGCUUUCUCCUGAAAUUGAUUCUGUGUCUAUGAAAGAGACUUUACUAAAGAAAGAGAGUUAUCACACUGAGUCAGCACAUGCAAAUAUCUGAAACCCCAGUGGUGGCUGUGAAAAUACAAAUUAGAUAGUUUCCUACUUCUGAGUGUAUGUGUGUGCGUGCGUGCGUGUGUGCGUGUGUGUGUGUGUGUGUGUGUGAAUGUGAGUGUGUUUCUUUGCUGCAACAGCCAAAAUGGUAACAUUUAUAGCACAAAUAUCUGAAAUGAACCCUCUGUCAACCUGUGGGUUAUGGAGUCUAUGGGCCCUAUCUUGCACCUAGCGCAAUUGACUUUGUACACCGACGCAUGUGUCAUUCCUAUUUUGCACCCGCGCAAAGCGCGCUUUUCCCUCCACAGAAGCACGUCGCUAAACUAGUGAAUGAACUUGCGCUCCCUGGGCGGUUCAGCGCAAAAAAGUAGGCGUGUUCCGGCGCAAACAAUCCCUGGUGCUAUUUUGCUGUUCCAUUAAACAAUUGCGCCACUGACCAGAAAAAACCUAGUCUAAAGUCAGUGGCGCCUUGCGCGUUGUUCAUUAUGCUAUUUUAAGGGCGCAUGCUUGACCAUAAUGUACAUACACUUUGCUCAUGUAAUCUACACAGAUGCAACAGUUAUUUUUGCAAAUCAUAAAUUGUUACACUAAAAAAUUAUUAACACAUGAGAUGACGAAAAUCAUUGUGGUGUGCCACGAAGAUGUGAAAAAAAUAGGCAUAAAUCUAGCUUACAAAUUAUUCAGGCUAAUUAUUCUCCCAUCCCCAUACAACACAACUUCUCUGUCUUUCACUGCUCUUACAAGAACAUCAGUCUCCUCGGCUGUGAACCGCUCCUGGCAUGCGCCUGGUAAAUACGCCAUAAUAAUAGCAAUCCAUAAUGGAACUUGCGCAUCUGCUUUUAAAGGGAAUGUUGGAUGACGCUCUGAUUGGUUUAUUUCACGUUACGCCCAAACCACACCUAUGAAUAAUGAAGCUACUUCAGACCAACCCAUUUUAGAUUUGCGCCGGGCGCAAGAGCCAUUUAUCCCGCCGGGAAAAUAGCAACAGCGCCGAGACCCGCCCACAAAAUUACUUGCGCUUCGCGCUUUGACACUUGCGUUUCAGAUCGUUAAAAUAGGGCCCUAUGUGUUUGUUUGUGUUGUCAUAGCUUUAACAGUGUAAUGUUUCACUUUGUGUUUUCAUGCUGGGGAUUUUUGCUACUACCUCACCCAUACAAAGGGGGAAAUUAAGUACUUAAUAGUUUCUUUUUUUCUUAGAUAUUUAAGACAAUGCUUCUUUUAAAAGCUUUAGCCUGAAAUACAUAUGCAUUUACUUUUUUCUUUUUUAACUUGACCCAUUCUUUAUUUAAGAACCAAUGUAUCAUAUUCAAAUAAAACAAUACAUUUGUAAAAAUGAUGUCUGACAUUUGACAACAGAUUCAACUCUUCAAAUUAAAUUUAAAAAGCUGA